UUCCUCCCUCACACCAACAGAUGGCGACAACGCACAGCUGGAUCUACGUCAGAACCGGAAAUAACGCAUCAUACACAAGGCUGGGAGCAGGCACACGUGGGUCUUGGAGUUAGUUAAAGUUAUGUACUUUUGCCUGUUUUAUUAAGAAGUAUGCCGAAGAGAACGAGGGCCCGGUCGGAGGAAAACAGCUCAGUGGAGCUGGUUGAGGAUCCGCCAGCGGAGGGCAGGCGGACCCGUAGCGGCCGCACGGUGCGCCCUCCUGCCGCAUUGCAAGACAGCACAACCCCGGUGAGGACUCCCAGCAGAAGGACCAGGAGGUCCGUCCUAAAGGAGCUGCCACCGCCGGCGGAAGAAGAAAACCCCGAAGAUACGGAGCAGAAACCAGACAGUCCGACCGUGGAAGAAUCCAGUGCGUCUACGGAAUCAGAACCCACAAAAAUUACAGAACCCGCCGGACCAGCAGAACCCACAGUGCCCUCAGACCCACCGGCCCAGGCAGCAGUCAUGGAAACGGAUAAAGCCGAUGAUGGAGGAGAACAUCAGCUGUCCAAGUCUGCACCAGCAGAAACGGCUCCUGUAGGUUCAGGUAGCAUCCCGAAGAAGAAAGCUCACCUGGCUCCCAGUGCCAAACCGAUCCCGGCGGUUCCGCUGGGAAAACCAAAGUCAGGAAGAGUGUGGAAGGACCGGAACAAGCAGAGGUGGGAUAUGUCUUCAGCUUGCUGA